AUGACUCCACCAGGAGCAGAGGCGGACGAGGAGCGCCAACCGCUCGUCGGGGCGCCUGCAGCCCGCAGCCCUCGAGUGCAGCGGUGCAGCGGCAGGGCGGACGGCACCACCGCUGCACCGCCCGUCGCCGCCGUUGGACUUGGGCCGCCGGCCACGCCCCCACUAGCAGCAGCAGACCCACAACCAGCAGCGCCGUCGCAGCCCGCCUGCCGGAUAUGCCUGCAAGAGGACGAGGCCGGCAUGUGGGCCCACCACGCCUGCAUCCAGCGCUGGAUCGACGAGAAGCACGACAGCACGUGCGAGGUGUGCAAGGCGCCGUUCCGGGGCGGCUUCCGGGCGCCGCCGCCGCGCCCGCCGCCUGCGCCGCUCGCUGCCUCGCUGCAAACUGACAACGCCGACAACCGCAUCAUCCUGCUGGCGGACCCGGAGACUGGGGCCAUUGUGGCGCGCGUGGUGGUGCCGCCCGGUGGAGAGCCGGGCGAGGGCGAGGGGUGGCGGGGCGAGGAGGAGGAGGAGGCGGGGGAGGAGGCACGCUGCUGCGGCUCCACCCUCUGCUCCGUCGCCAUUGUGGCGCUAGUGCUGGUCUGCCUCCUGGGAGCCUUCUCAUUCAGUGCCGCGGCGCAGGAAGGCGAAGGCGGCGCGGCGGCGGGGGCGGGAGCGUGGCUGGUCAGGGUUGUGCUGCUCACGGCCUGGGUGUGCCUGCGCACAAUGCAGCGGCCGGUGCGCCGGCCGCGGCGGCAGGUUGUGGAUUUAGACGAGGUGCGGCAGCGGUAUGCAGACCUGGAGGCGGGCGUGCCACAGCCACGGCAAUAG